AUGACAAGUGUAUGGCGUCGACUGCAGCUUCGAAUUGCUGGUACGACACCGGCACGACGUUUCCAGGAGGAAGCGGAUGUAGGUAUUGUUGCAGUGCUGAGCUGCUUCCGAAGCUUAAAGCUGGAUCCAUUGAAUGUGAAUAAAGAACAUGACGAGAUGUUUGACCAGGCAGUAGAAAUCAUUGGCAAGAAGAACUUUGAGCAGCAGAAGAAGUACGUGCAAGACGAAGUUGUUAAGCAGGUCCAGAGUUGUUUCGAGGCUGUAUUGAAGAUGCCCAAGGACUCUGAGAAGAACAUACCCAAGAUGUCAUUGUCUGGAUAUGAACGCAAUGCUGAAGUAGAGGAAAAGCUUGGAAUCAAUGACAACUUUCAGGAGCUCUUUGGGUUCACUUUGAAUGUGGAAGAGUCUAGUGUUCCAGAUGCAGGUGAAGGCGUCAAACUGUAUGGAUCGACUUUGAUUGGAUCAUUGGUGGCACUGUACCCCGGUAUCGUCUACUUGCCAGAGCAUUAUAAGAAGAAACGCUACUUAAGCGAGCUGUUAAACAACCCUUAUGCUCGAGCUCGAUUCGACAGUGUAAUCAUUGACGCUAAGAAUGAGUCUUCGAAUCCGCGUAAUCCGCUUGCGGUUGCUCACAAGAUCAAUCACCCUCCUAGCGGAACACCCCCCAAUGUCAUUGGCUUUGGAUUUGAAUUUCCACCAGAAGGACCUUUUUCGACUAAGGAAUUUGACGAGCUCAUUCCAAAUAGCUUUGUCAAAGAACCCUCACGCCUUUCCAUGUUUGGCAAGCGUGCUAUCGUGCAUGGUCUUGCCUUUAUUGCUAUGACGGACAUUGAAGACAAAGGAGAGCUGUUUCUCAACUAUCGAUACAAUCCGGAUCAUCCGCUUCCUAAGUGGUACACACCCGUAGACGUCGCUUCGGAUCGCGCGAUGUGGAAAUAG